UAUUGAUUCAAUCAAAUGGAAAUUCCGUUUGACUACAAUUGACAACUUCAGCGUAACUACUGUACAAUAACAAUAUAGAUGCAAAUACGAACAACAUUCACACAUGAAACACAUACACACUCACAACCAGUGCUUAAUAAAUUAGACUUCUAUGUAUUCUCGAUGACGACAGAUGAUCUUGUAACACUCUGACCGAAAGUGGGAUGAAGGAGUUUUAAAAUCUUUCUGUUUUAGUCCUAAUGGAAAGGAGACGACCACUUCGUUCAGAUCUGAUGUAACAGUGGUUUAAUGGGUGCAGGUAACAGUGGUUUAAUGGGUGCAGGUAACAAUGGUUUAAUGGGUGCAUGUAACAGUGGUUUAAUGGGUGCAGGUAACAAUGGUUUAAUGGGUGCAUGUAACAGUAGUUUAAUGGGUGCAGGUAACAAUGGUUUAAUGGGUGCAUGUAACAGUGGUUUAAUGGGUGCAUGUAACAGUGGUUUAAUGGGUGCAGGUAACAAUGGUUUAAUGGGUGCAGGUAACAAUGGUUUAAUGGGUGCAAGUAACAGUAGUUUAAUGGGUGCAGGUAACAGUGGUUUAAUGGGUGCAGGUUUAAUGGGUGCAGGUAACAAUGGUUUAAUGGGUGCAUGUAACAGUGGUUUAAUGGGUGCAUGUAACAGUGGUUUAAUGGGUGCAGGUUUAAUGGGUGCAGGUAACAAUGGUUUAAUGGGUGCAGGUAACAAUGGUUUAAUGGGUGCAUGUAACAGUGGUUUAAUGGGUGCAGGUUUAAUGGGUGCAGGUAACAAUGGUUUAAUGGGUGCAGGUAACAAUGGUUUAAUGGGUGCAUGUAACAGUGGUUUAAUGGGUGCAGGUUUAAUGGGUGCAGGUAACAAUGGUUUAAUGGGUGCAGGUAACAAUGGUUUAAUGGGUGCAUGUAACAGUGGUUUAAUGGGUGCAGGUAACAAUGGUUUAAUGGGUGCAUGUAACAGUAGUUUAAUGGGUGCAGGUAACAGUGGUUUAAUGGGUGCAGGUAACAGUGGUUUAAUGGGUGCAGGUAACAGUGGUUUAAUGGGUGCAGGUUUAAUGGGUGCAGGUAACAAUGGUUUAAUGGGUGCAUGUAACAGUGGUUUAAUGGGUGCAGGUAACAAUGGUUUAAUGGGUGCAGGUAACAAUGGUUUAAUGGGUGCAGGUUUAAUGGGUGCAGGUAACAAUGGUUUAAUGGGUGCAUGUAACAGUGGUUUAAUGGGUGCAGGUAACAGUGGUUUAAUGGUUGCAGGUUUAAUGGGUGCAGGUAACAGUGGUUUAAUGGGUGCAGGUUUAAUGGGUGCAGGUAACAGUGGUUUAAUGGGUGCAGGUUUAAUGGGUGCAGGUAACAGUGGUUUAAUGGGUGCAGGUAACAGUGGUUUAAUGGGUGCAGGUUUAAUGGGUGCAGGUUGUCUUUAAGAAUAGAAGAUCAUUAAACGAUCAUUCCAUCCCAUUCAUUAGGCCAG